CUGGCCUUGGCCGGAGGACUGUAGCGUCGGUCCUAGGAUGAGAGGGCCAUUUCCUUCCGGGCGGGGGUCAAAUCCUCGGGAAGCCGAGCCAUCCCGUCCAGCUACCUGUCCCAAACGGGGCGCAGGCCAUGUCACCUCUCUAGGAGGCUCCGGAGAACCGGCCGCGCUGUCCCUUUCGGGUGCAGAAAGCCGGCUCCCCCCGGCCCGCUGGGAAGAUUCCCUGCUACACAUCCGGCCGGGGCAUCUGAGGGCAGGAGCCAAGCCAGCCGUGCCCGAUAGACCAGUGGAGAGCACUCUCGCCUGACUGCCUGUCCUCCUCACCGGACCCAGACUCGGCACCGCACACUCCCCCAACGCGGGGUCGGGGAAGGGGGGGAGCGGCGCAGUCACGCGCGCAUCACACUUGCGCUCACAAGCGCGCAAGGCUCUCGCUCUCCGAGCGGCACACCUGCGCUCCGCCCCCUGGUCCCGGUCCGGCGACGGUCGAAGGCUUUUGGGAACCCAGGGCGGCGGCGGCGGCGUCCCCCUUCUCCUUCCCUUCCCAGGGCUGGAGGUGUCCGGAGCCUCUCCCCGGUCCCAACCAGCCCGCAUCCCUCUCCAUCCUUCCCUCCCCCCGCCUGCCGCGGCACGGGUAUCUGCGGCUGCAGCCCGGAGCCCUUGAGGCGGCGAAGGGGGAAGGGGAAGAAAGCAAGGGAUGAGCGCCGGGAGGGCGUCGGGGGCCCUGAGCCGGACUAGGACGCCCCUGGAACCGGAACCCGAGCCGGAGCCGGAGUCAGAGCCAAACCACCGGCCGCCUGAGAAUUCCGUCCCAUCUCGCUCUGCAGUGUCCUUGGGAGGGACGGAAGCUCAGGACAAGCUGGAAAGGGGAACGUUCUGGGCGUCGGGGAAGCGGACCAGGGUCGUGGAAGACAGUUUGCGCAGCUGCCGUCUGGCACCCCUGGCCCGGACCAGCACCUCUGCUGCAGCCCCCUAACCCCAGGAGGCGCCCUGGCCCGCGCUCGCCCCCCAGGGCCUCAUGUCGGAACCACAGCCUGACCUGGAGCCGCCCCAACAUGGGCUGUACAUGCUCUUCCUGCUUGUGCUGGUCUUCUUCCUCAUGGGCCUGGUAGGCUUCAUGAUCUGCCACGUGCUCAAGAAGAAAGGCUACCGCUGCCGCACCUCGAGGGGCUCGGAGCCUGACGACACCCAGCUCCAGCCCCCUGAGGAUGAUGACAUGAAUGAGGACACAGUAGAGAGGAUUGUUCGAUGCAUCAUCCAAAAUGAAGCCAAUGCUGAGGCCUUGAAGGAGAUGCUGGGGGACAGUGAAGGAGAAGGGACAAUGCAACUGUCCAGUGUGGGUGCCACCUCCAGCUUGCAGGACGGAGUCCCCUCCCAUCAUCACACAGUGCACCUGGGCUCCGCAGCCCCUUGCAUCCACUGCAGCCGGAACAAGAGAUCCCCACUUGUCCGUCAGGGACGCUCCAAGGAAGGAAAGGGUCGCCCCCGGCCUGGGGAGACCACUGUGUUCUCUGUUGGCAGGUUCCGGGUGACACACAUUGAGAAGCGCUAUGGGCUGCAUGAGCAUCGUGAUGGCUCCCCCACGGACAGGAGUUGGGGAUCUGGUGGGGGGCAGGACCCAGGGGGUGGCCAGGGGUCUGGGGGAGGGCAGCCCAGGACAGGGAUGCCUGCCAUUGAGAGCCUUCCCCCUGAGAGGUCGCAGCCCCAGGCCCUUGCCAGCCCCCCAGUGAGGAAUGGAGGACUCAGGGACAGCAGCCUAGUCCCUCGUGCACUUGAGAGGAGCCCUGGAGCCUCUGCAGAGUCGAUGCUGGGGGCUGGAGGGAGGGGCCCAAGCCCAGGGCUGGCCAGUCAACAGGCAAAUGGACAGCCAAGCAAACCGGACACCUCAGAUCACCAGGUGUCCCCACCACAGGGGGCAGGGAGUGUGUGAGGUGAGUCUGCCUGGGCCCCAAGUCAGAUAAUCUCAUCCUCCCACCCCCUACUUUAAACUACCUAAGCCCAUUGGUUCCCUGUAUCCCCAAGCUAAACUGCAGGCUUAGCCUUUGGUACAUAUUCCUUGGUUUGGUGGUGGGGAGUGGGCUUGUGGUCCAGGCGAUAGGGAAGGUCCUGCAGCCCCUGGGGAAAAGCGGGGACACAGCUUGAAUAGGAGGCAACACUGUUACCCUUCCUCUCCUCCAAGCCUCCUCCUUCAUUGUGCUGAUGGACUACCAGCUGGCAGGGCCAAGGGGUGGGUGGGCAUGAAGCCCCUCCUCUCCACUGGACAGCACUGCCCCCCAGCUGAGGGACCAGCCCUACUUCCACCUGGAGCUGCACGGUCUCAGGCUGGGGGACCUUGGGAGAAGUCCCACCUCCGGUCCUCAGUCUCUUCCCCUUCCCCUGCCUGCCAACAGGCCGCCUGACCUGCCUUCCCCAUCACCUCACUCCAUAUGCUAGAGCGUGUGGCUGGGAGCAGGCCCCUGCCCUUGGUGGGCCCUUAAAGCAAUAGCACCUUAGACCCCCUGCCCUCUUGGCACAAGAGGCCCAGGCCCUGGCUUGGGCUUUGUGCCCUUUAUUCACUGUCAAUAAAUCCGCUCAGACCAUUACA